CCGCAUAUCGACGAAGACGACACCGACAACUCCCUACGACAACCCACGCCAACACCUUCAAGAUGUCGACCGGCAAAGUUAAGACUGGAGCUCUCUGGAGCAAGAACAAGACCGACCUUGCAAAGCAGUUGGGAGAGCUGAAGACCGAGCUCGGUCAAUUGCGCACACAAAAGAUUGCUGGAGGAUCAGCUUCUAAGCUCACAAAGAUCCACGACAUCCGCAAGUCAAUCGCCAAGGUCCUCACAGUCAUCAAAGCCAACCAACGCUCGCAACUCCGUCUCUUCUACAAGAACAAGAAGUACCUCCCCCUCGACCUCCGACCAAAGCAGACACGCGCCAUCCGGAGACGCCUGACGAAGCACGAGAGCGGCAAGACCCUGGAGAAGGCAAAGAAGCGCGCCACCCAUUUCCCUCAGCGAAAGUACGCCAUCAAGGCAGAGGCUUAAAUCGAAAACGAAGCUGAUGUUUUGGGGGUAUGAGUGAAUGGCUUGGGAAGGCUGGCAGGAUUUGUGAUUCGUCCUUUUUUCGGCAUGGGGCUCGCUUUCAUAUGGCUUUCUUGAAUUUGGGGUCAUGGUGUAUGUGAAAUAGCAUGGCUGGCAUGGAGCCGACCCGAAAAUUAAAAAAUCACGACAUGAGCAUCU